AUGGAAACAACAAAAAGUGCCAACGAAAGAAGAGUUGCAGAUGAAGAGGAUGGACUUUGCAGAACUGGCGAAGCUGACAGGAAAAAUCCGAAACCAGCACGAUCAAGUAUUCCAAAAGGAUUGGAGUAAGUUUAUACAAUAUCUGAAAGAUUAUUGUAAGCAAUUAACAUCACUAGCAGGGUUGUCUGGAGACUUGUAAUGAGAAAUUUUCUGUCUUUCUGUAUUUAUUUAAAUUUUGAGCCAUUUUGUAAUGAGUAUAAUUAGAAUUGGAAAACGUGUAAAAUGCAAUGAUAUAAAGGUUAAUUUCGAAAGCCAUGAGGCGGGAGGGAAGGUAGUCAAUGUAUAAUAUUAAAUGGAAAAUAAAAAUUAUACACAGAGAGAAAGAGAGAGAGAGUUAUAGGGUGGCAUUCAACUAACUUUUACUCAGAGUAAACUUAUUGAAAUUAAUGGAUUAAUUUAGGCGUGGACUCUCAGAAUUGUAGCGGCCCUGAGGGUCAUCAAUCAACCCCCUGCAAUGCAGGAAUCUCAACUAGAUAAAACAUGGCAGUCGGCCACCCAACCUUUGCUUUACAAUCUCCAAGGAAGGAGAAUCUAGCACUUCUCAUGGGAGUCUGUUCCAAUAAGACCUCUUAGUGUCAGAAAGUUCUUCCUGAUGUUUAGUUGGGAUCACCUUUCUUGUAACCUGAAUCCAUUGAUUAUGGUCCUAGCUUCCGGAUCAGGAGAAAACAAGUUUGCUCCAUCUUCAAUGUACAUUAUUUUUUAAUGGUUAAAUUUAGGUGGAUACCACUGAUAGCUAGUUCUGUAUGCAGUUCUCUUCCUGUUCUGUGCCAUUAUCCUCUUGAAGAGUGGAUUACAGCGGCUGCACCUACAUUUCAAGACAGACACUCCUCUCAUCAAAGGCUGAGAAGCCCUUUCCAAAGAGCUAAGAAUAGCAGUAUUUCUAUUGCUGUUUUUUUAAAAAAAAUAAAAAACCUGAGUGUGUGGAUAUUUUGUUGUGUGUGUGUUGUUUUGGAAAGGAGAGGUGCUGCUGCCAAAAGAAUGUAG